GAUGAUUUUUCGCAAACGGAAUCAUUUGGACGAUUCCUUUCAACUUGUAAACAACCUUUUCAUCAGCUAAACUGAUCUUUUUUGUUUCAAUUUUUUUAUUUAUCACAAUUUUCAAUCCACACACAUUUUAUUGACUCAUUGGUCACCUUUUAUCGUUAAAGUUAUUGUUUCUCUAAUCAAGAGAUUUGUUUUUAUUUUUUGAAAGAUAUUUCACCUUUUUCUUUAUCUAACUUGGUUAAUACAAGCGCGGUAAAACAGUUGAUCUUCUUGUGUUAAUCCGGACUUGACUUGUCAUUUUUUGAUCUGAUUAGAUCAUUCAACACUCAUCGAUUGUUUUCUUUCUACUUUAUUUGGAUUUUGUUAUUUGUUAUUAUUCAAUUGUGAUCUGUUUCUGAAAAAGAAAUUCUCAACUAUGUUUAUCGGAUUAAUAGUAUUAGUUAUAAUUAGUUUAGCAGCAGCUAAACCUUUCAACCCAAAACUGGACUCAUCAGCAGCCUCGGAAAGUCGUCCAAAACAUGUUAAAAGCCGUCGAGAGCCUUAUGUACGUUGGCAGCAUGAACCUGCAAGUAAUUUAAUCUUAAUUGCUGGACAAAAACACACGAUAGAAUGUGAAGCUGCUGGCAGCCCGCCACCUAAGAUUAUCUGGCUUAAGAACGGCCAACGAAUUAAUAUGGACGAUCAAGCUAUUUACGGCAACUCAGAUAUUGUUGAUACAUCAGAAACCCCUGAGCUCGGAUUAAGUAUAACUAGAUCCAAAUUAUACUUGGGUUGUGUCAAACCCGAGGAUACUGGAUUGUACACUUGUGUUGCUGAUAACAAUCAUGAAAAGAUAAUUGCUGAAAGUCAAAUCAAGGUGCUACCAUCGUUGAAAUCAUCACCAUUUUCAUCUUACACUGAAUGCACUGCAAAUGAAUUAAAAAAGCCCCAAAUAGCCAUGUGGACACAUACACGUAUAGAAAACUUGGAUUCCCCAGUGAUAUUAUUCUGCCGUACUGAUGGUAGAACAGAAGCGCAGAUUAAAUGGAUUAAUUCUGAUGGUAGGGAAUUAACUCCAUUCACCGUUGAUGGUAAAUACGAUAUACUAUCCAAUGGUGAUUUGUUGAUAAGAAAAGUAACUUGGGAUGAUAUGGGAAGCUAUUACUGUGUUGCUGAAAACCAAUAUGGCCAAGACAAGAUUGAAUCAUUCUUAUAUCCAUCGCAGCCUGAUAAACAAUGACAUUAGCUACUAGAUUAAUUUAGGUUUUUAUUUAAUUUGAUUAAUUUGAAUGAAGUCAAUUCUCUCAAGCUUUCCGUCAUACUAUAUAUAAGUAUAUAUAUAUAUUAAUACAUGAUACAGUAUAUAUAAAUAUAUAAUUACCGAAAUACAAAGCUAAAGAGAUAAAACAACCAAGCAUAUCCAAAGAGGAUUAAAGCUCGGAAAUUGAAGAAUCAAAGAGUUCAACUUUUGCAUCAAACAUCAACUUACCAGUCCAACUGUCUCACCAUGGUGCAUAUUAACACAGAUUGAUCUGAAAACCACAAGAAAACCAUGAAUUAACCACCGACGUCAACUGUGUAUAAAAAACACUGAUUGUGUGAUUGACACCUUUUUCCAGUUUUAAUCAUCAUCCUUCUCCUUUUCAAUGUUUCCUUUCUCCUUUUUUUACAUCCAACCCAUUUUAUUUAUUGCUCUAUCAUAAUCAUUUUAAGCUCUUUUUUUCAUACAUGCAAUUGUUUUUGCCUCCUCUACAAUACUUAAUUUUCAUCCAUUUUUUAAUUGUAUCCAAAGCUAUCAUUUUGCCUUUUCCCUCCUUUUUUUCGCUGCUAUUGCUGCUCUUUCUUCCUCUCACUUUCACCUUCGCAAUUUUUCUCACAAAAUGAGGUAUAAUUUGUCCCAAAGUUUUGUUGAAUUUGUUUUUUAUGUCACUUCAUUCUAAUUGUUGAAAUGCCUAAAUUAAUUGUUCAUCGCUUCUCUCCAAAACCUCACAUUUUAAUCUCAAACAACAUGUAUUUUGUUAAGCUAAUGCCAUUAGGUUUUAUCAACUCCCAAUGGUCAACUUCAUCAUCUAUUUAAAGAACCACCUUCAAUGGCUGCUUUAAUGACUAACAAUCAAAAAUGAAACUCAAUCUUGAAAUGGCCAAAUUUAACUUUAAAAAUUUAACAAAAGAAUAAAAUGAUUUUCGAAAAAAUAAAAUAAAAAUAAUGAUUAA